UCUCUCUCUCUCGCUCUCUCGUUCGCGCGCGCAUCUCCAUCGUCCUCUCGCUGCUGAGAAAAAAAAAAAACCCCGCCGGCGCGAAACAGAUGGGAAGGCAUCCGCGGAAUUUGCGACCGUUACCGAGCAGAGAUUAGCCGUCAAAACUUAACGGACGCCGAAAAGAAGUUCAGUUUGUCCAGAAGACUUCUGGACUGAGAACUUGAGGACAUUUCACGUCUGUUCACGACUAGAAAAAGGCAGGGUGGGCCAUGCCAUUCGGCUGUUUAAAACCUGGCGAGAAGAAGGACUACAACAGUCCAACAGAAAUCACAGAUAAAUAUGACCUGGGCCAGAUUGUUAAAUCGGAGGAGUUCUGUGAAAUCUUCAGGGCGAAGGAUAAGAACACACUGAAAAUGUACACCUGCAAAAAAUUCCUGAAGAAAGAUGGAAGAAAGGUGCGGAAGGCUGCCAAAAAUGAAAUUCUCAUCCUAAAGAUGGUGAAACACCCCAACAUCCUCCAGCUGGUCGAUGUCUAUGAGACCCGGAAAGAGUAUUACCUGUUCCUUGAGCUAGCCACAGGUCGGGAGGUAUUUGACUGGAUUCUGGAUCAAGGCUAUUAUUCUGAAAGGGACACCAGCAAUGUUAUCAGACAGGUGAUGGAGGCGGUUGCUUACCUGCACAGCCUGAAGAUUGUUCACAGAAACCUAAAGCUUGAGAAUCUGGUGUAUUACAACCGACUGAAACAUUCGAAAAUAGUCAUCAGUGAUUUCCAUCUGGCAAAACUGGAGAAUGGACUCAUCAAGGAGCCCUGUGGAACCCCAGAGUAUCUGGCCCCAGAAGUUGUUGGGAGACAGAGAUAUGGGAGACCUGUGGACUGCUGGGCCCUUGGUGUGAUCAUGUACAUAUUGCUCUCCGGAAAUCCUCCAUUCUAUGAUGAAACAGAUGAUGAUGACUAUGAAAACCAUGAUAAGAACCUCUUCCGGAAGAUUCUUGCUGGAGACUAUGAGUUCGACUCACCGUACUGGGAUGAAAUUUCAGAUUCCGCUAAAAACUUAGUUUCACGUCUUAUGGAGGUGGACCAGGAUCAGAGACUGACUGCACAAGAAGCCAUCAACCAUGAAUGGAUAUCUGGAAAUGCUGCAUCAGACAAGAACAUCAAGGAAAACGUGUGUGCACAAAUUGAGAAGAACUUCGCUAAAGCUAAGUGGAAGAAAGCGGUACGGGUCACGACCAUGAUGAAGCGUCUCAGGGCACCAGAGCAUCAGACGGCGGCACCGGCAGCAGCAGCAGAACCUGGUGCACCCAACCCUGCAGCAGCAGGGGCUCAGGAAAACCCUCAAGCUCUAUCCGAGGCCUCCACAGCCCCAUCGAGUACCGCCGAAAGCAACUCGAUGAGCACAGAAGCCCCUGCCGUGGAAGCAGCAGCCGCUGCCGCCCAGCCUCCAGCUGAGCCUGUUCUUCACGCUCCAGCUCCCGAACAGCCUGAUCCUACAUCGCGAUGCAACGGAGAGGCUUUAGCCCCCCUGCCAUCAGACACAGGGGAGGAACAGAGCGGUUAAUCUUGCUACCUCUCUCCCACCUGCGUUUAGAUCCCACACACUUGUACAUAAGCAGCAAGCAUGCUAAUACUGAUCCCGCAGCACAUAGCAUUAAUCUCAACACGCUCUAUCGUGAGCCGACUGCUAAAACAUUUCCCAGCAAGCGUCUGUUUUCUAUUGAAUCACAAAGCUGUGCGACGUGUACCGAAGGCUCUGGCCACUUUAACUUUGCGCAAAAGAAGAAAAAAGCUGUUUUCCGCUUACAUUAAGCCAAGAUUGGAAACUUUAGCACUGAUCUGCAUACAUGUUUUAGGAUAGAUGAUCAAAGCAGGCCUCAUUUUAUAAAAGCGUUUUUUUUUUUUAUUAUUAUUUUAUUGCAUUGCAGUUUGUUAACGUCCAUCUUGAGCAGGAGCACUGAUACACAGCUUCGUGUGCGAUGUAUAGUUUCUGUAAAUAGCUUACUAACCUCUGUAGAUUAGACGUAGCCAAGAACAGCAUGCUUUUUCAGAUCUGCUGUAUGACACCAGAUAACUGCCACAUUCAGCUUCAGCUUUACAUGGACAUUUCGUGUCUUGAUCGAACACGCUCAUGAAAUGUUGUCUUUAGUUUAAGUGGAUUUAUAUGAAAAAUACUUCGACAGCAACUAAGGCGGCUAAAUUCAUCUCAUAAUGACAUUUUAAUGGUUGAGACAAGUGGCCCAAUAAAUGGAGCAGAGUAGGUAAACAUAAGAAAUACCUCAUAUCUGCUUGGUAGCUAGCCACAUGAACAAUGGAAAAUGUGAUUUGUUCUUAUAUUGUAUUAUAUACUCAUUUGCAUACGUUGUACAUGUAUUGAGUAAUAACAUACUUUUCCAUUUUAAGAGUGCAUAGCCACACACAGUGAUCUUUGUUUUUAAUAGAAUUUCGUCAUAGAGGCAUAGAUGUACUACUUCUUUGAGAUCCGACAAUAUAUUAAUCCUUUCAUUUAUCUUUUCAUUGUCUCUCCUUUUGCUAAUCUAUAAUGCAUUUGAAUAUGUACUGAGAUGCUGAAUUUAUUAGACUUAAACAUAAAAUUAUAAAACAAAUGAUAUAUUUUAUCUUUUUUAAAUUCUAAAUAUGUAUCAGGGAUCAGAUAUUUACUUAUUCCUGUAGUCACUUUUAUUUAUUUAGUACUUAAUAUUAUACAGAUUGUUUUAAAGCAUUCUAUUACUUACAGUAAUUGACCCCCCCCCACAAUGAUUACCAAUUAUAAUAAUAAUAAUAAUUCUCAUGCGCUAUAGGAAUAAAUUAGUAUUUUUGCACGUCAAUAAAUUCUUUCAUCUGAAAUGAUUGGAUUUUGGUUAAAAGUGAGUUUUAAGUUAAGAAUUUAAGCUUUAUUUCCUCGAUUUCACAGAUAAGGCUUAAACCUAGUCCUAAACUAAAAUGUAGAUCUGAGCUGUUUCAGCUGUUUUUUUUCUAAGGCGUCUUUAUAAAAAUGACUUAAAUGUCCUGAUUGAACUACGGCCUAAUCCUUGCAUAGACUAAACCCUGUCUGUAAAACAGAACCUAUGUCUCUUAAAAAAGGCAAACAAUCUAAAUGGCUAAACCAACAUCAAGCCAAACAGGAAAUCCUGUUUAUACUAUACUUCUUCUAGACUAUUCUGACCGACUCAAAUUUUCCAACUUGUAGAUUUUAAGGACAGAGACGCUGCGUGACCCUUGUUUUAUUUUUAAAUUAGCUUUCAGAGUUCAAAAAUGUUGCGUUCGGGAUUAUCUUGAACAAAAUGUGCAAGAAUCAUAAACUCAUUGGUCACAAAGCUUACAACUAAAAUCCUAUUGGCUGUCCGUCAAGGGAAUCAGGGUUAUGCUGACUUGAAUUACAGAAAUACGUCCUCCGUGCAGCUCUCUACAUCGGACAGAUAUAUUCCAGCCUAAAGCAAAUAGUCUUAAACGCUAAUGAAGCUAAUAAAGUCUAGCCCUAUUAACCUUAACGAUUUAAGAUUUUAGCCGAUGGCUUUUUUUGUCCUCCUUAUUUUAUAGAAAUGUCUGCUGUCAGCAACAGACAGCCCGUCUUUGACGCAGAUCUUUCUCAUUAAACAUUCACGCUUCACUAGUGUGUGGAAUGUACUGUCUGUUACUCACGAUAGCGGCGCUAAUGCGUUUCUUAGUCGACGCGUUCUGCGGUACAUUUAGAACCCAUUUAGCGCCGUCAUGAUUUUUACACGAACAGAUUGAUGUUUUGUUUUUCAGUAUACAGAGUAUGGGUCGUUUUCAUAUAACAUUUACAUUUUAGCGCAGAGAAAUGGCAGGUGAUGUAGGAUUAAAAGAGCUCACGAAAGCAAAACGAAACGGUCGACCUCUUAAUACGAGCAAUAGUCUACAACUGCGAUACUGUGAUGCUACUCUCAAUGCCGGUGUCCGUGUGAACGCUCAAUUUCUGAUUGGCGCGUCCUCCGUUGAAGUUGACAGUGAAGGUUGAGAAGCUCAGGAUUACACAGCACAGAUGAAGCCAGUGCACCUAUUGUACAAUUAUCGUAUACAGGUGAACAAAAACAGUGACUGGAAGUUUCCCCUCCAGUGGCCAACGAUUUGUAAUUGUUGUUCAGUGGUGACAUGCUGUAAUUUUCUAAACAUCACAGGAGUCAGUGGAGGUUUGACUGAAGAAGGCCUUGAUAUGCAAUUAUGCUGUCAGCGGUCUUAUUGAUUGGAAGAUGAUGCACAGCACGGGCUGUCACAGGUUUCUACCGAAGUCAGCUUUGAUACACGUGUCACUGUCGUCUUGUAACUCUCACUUCUUUUAUCUUCUAAAAUAUUCUUAAAUCUGUCCCAUACCUUUAUUCGUUCUAUCUACUCAGAGACUUUGAGGUGUCGUUUCUUCGUCUUUGAUUUCGUAUAAAAAUACUGAAAGCUCAAACCGUUAAGACCUAAAAUAAAAAGAGUGGUAAGUAAUGUUUCACGCGGGGUCUUCAAGACAAAAAAAAAAUAAAACGAUUUUUAUAGCAUUCGUGUGUACUGAAACCGCAGCUAGAUACUGUGUUACACAAUUCAAAGCAAUUUUUUUUAACAGUGCUUCACUAUUGCCUUUGGUGUUGGAUGUCUGUUGAUUUCCUCAUUCUCUCUGAUGUUCUUCUCAGUGUGGUUGACUGUGAACCUGUGAAUACACUGAGGACUGGCCUCUCUCCACUUUAACCUCUGUAUUCUUCAACUGACUUUCAUGCUUUCGAAAUAAACACAUCCUGAAUGAUCAA